CCGUUUUCCUUUAGCUUCUGUCUCAAAGAAGGCAUUGAUUCCCUCUUUCUCUUUCCUUUUUCUUUCAUUAUAUAUUACUACAUUUCUUUUGCACUGUACUUUUGAGAGAAAGAAGCCAUUCAUUUUAUCACCCUAGGUUUUAUUGUUUGGGGGGGGGUUGAUCAUCAUUGGAUACAACAGAGACUUUGAAAAGAAGAGCAAAAGGAGAGAUUUUAAAAGUUGGGUUUUUGUUUUUGGAUAGAAAGAAUUGAGAUGGGAUCAUCGUCAGGGCAAAGUAGUGGAAGCUAUGAUCUUUCAUUCAAGAUCUUGUUGAUCGGAGACUCGGGUGUCGGCAAGAGUAGUCUUCUUGUUAGCUUCAUUUCAGCUUCUGUAGUUGAUCUAGCUCCAACCAUUGGUGUGGAUUUUAAGAUCAAGUUGCUAACAGUUGGUGGGAAGAGGUUAAAGCUUACUAUUUGGGAUACUGCUGGACAGGAAAGGUUCAGAACAUUAACAAGCUCUUACUAUAGAGGUGCCCAGGGGAUCAUACUUGUUUAUGAUGUAACACGGAGAGAAACCUUCACAAAUUUGUCUGAUGUUUGGGCCAAAGAAGUGGAGCUCUACUCUACCAAUCAGGACUGUGUCAAGAUGCUUGUUGGAAAUAAAGUUGAUAGAGAUUCUGAGAGGGCUGUAAGUAGAGAUGAAGGGAUUGCACUUGCAAAAGAGCUUGGCUGUAUGUUUCUCGAAUGCAGUGCUAAAACAAGAGAAAACGUGGAGCAAUGCUUUGAGGAGCUUGCAUUGAAGAUAAUGGAGGUUCCUAGUCUUUUGGAAGAAGGGUCUGCUGUAGGAAAGAGAAACAUCUUAAAGCAGAAACCAGAGUACCAUGCUCCUCCUGGCGGUAGCUGUUGCUCUUAAAUUGCAGCGGUACAGAGGCCGCAACGUGAAAGGUUGACAUAUAUCAAUAGAAAGAGCCCACACAGCCAUAUUGGUGGCUCUAAGCUUCCACCUUAACAGAUUGUGAACAAAAUCAUGUAUAUGAUAAUUUCUUUUAAGAUUCCAUACUGCUUUUCUUUCCUAUGGAGUUGCCAUAGUUAAAUUGUAUCAUUGUCACUCAAAUUAACUCGUGUAAAUUUGUUUGCCUUUUGUUUUUGUCUUGAUUAAUCUUUAGUUUGUUACUCAUAGAAGAAAACCAGAUUGAAUGUCUUUCAUUGAUUAAUUGACUGUAGGUAUUGUUUAAA